CAUAGAUUAGUAUAGAAAAGGCAACAUGAAGCCCUUUUUUAUUUUUCCUAUUAUUGCUCUUGGCCUUUUAUUAAUAUGCUCUCAAAAUGUAUCAGCCAACAACGAUAUCAAUUACACGAAUGGUCGUUUAUUAAGAAAUAAACGUAGUUUAAAGUUAAUUUAUGAUCUCAAGAAACGUCAAACAACCUAUGGCGGGACUCCUGCUCAACAGCAGCAGCAGCAGCCACCACCACCACCAACUUGUCCAAAUCCUCAAGAUCCACGAUGUCCUCAAACAUUAACAUUACCACCUCUUCCUAAUGCUGCUUUCCCCCCUCCACCUGUUUUACCCGCUCCUGGUCUUCCAGGAUUACCAGCUGUUCCUGCUUUACCAGGGCUUCCACUUUUACCAGGUCUCCCAACUUUACCUACCUUACCUACUUUACCAACUCUUCCUGCACCUCCUGAUUUAAGUACAAUUACUGCUCCUCCAGCUGAAGAAGAUUAAAAAAAAAGGAACAUUUUCUCAUUAC